AUGCAACAGCAGCAACAACCAGGGAAGCUCCAUGGGCAAGGAUUACAGCCCCACCAAGCCCAAGCUGUCACUGUUUUACGCAGUGGAAAGGUGGUGAACAACAAAGUGGAAGCCCCUGUGGAAGAACCACCCAAGGAAGCCCGCAUGGAAGAGCAAGUAAAGGAGCCGCUGCAGCCAAGAGAGGAGGAGAAGGAGAAAGAGCAGGAGCCCGUAGUGAAGCUCCACAAGGCUACCAAGCCAUAUAAGCCACCGGUCCCCUAUCCAAGCAGGUUGAAGAAUGAAAAGCUGGACCAACAGUUCACCGAUUUCUACAACAUGUUGGCAAAGGUGAACGUGAACCUGCCGUUGCUAGACGUGAUCAGAAAUGUCCCAGCCUACCUGAAGUUCUUUAAAGAGUUGGCCUCCAAGAAGAGAAGGUUCGAGGACAACGAGAAGAUUUUGGUGUCCGAGGUUGCAAACUCCAUAAUGCAACAGCCCUUACCGACCAAGCAACGAGACCCAGGUAGCUUUGUCAUUAAUAUUGCUUUGGGAAAUGGUAAGGAGGCCUCGGGGAUGUUAGAUUUGGGGGCUGGAAUCAAUUUAAUGCCUUACUCUAUUUUCAAGCAAUUAGAGUUAGGAAAUCUGAAACCCACUCGUAUGUGCUUGCAAUUAGCUGAUAGGUCGGUGCGGUAUCCUCAUGGGGUAGUUGAGGAUAUCCUUGUUAGAGUGGGUGGGUUGAUUGUACCUGUUGAUUUUGUUGUGCUUGAAAUAGGAGAGGUACACGAAAAUGGCAAAGAACAUACCCUUUUGCUAGGAAGACCAUUUAUGGCAACUACUAACACAUUGAUAGAUGUUAAAAAUGGCACCAUCAAGAUGACUGUGUUAGGAGAGUCAGUGUCUUUCUCUGUGCAUCAUAAUCGAGCCAUGCCAUCAUCCUCACUCACUAAUGAAUGUUCUUAUAUUGAUGCUAUUGAUGGCUUGGCCGAGAUAUUCUUUGUGCAUGAGCAAGAAGUUGUUGAGGUUUUUGCAGGGUCCGCGAACAUGGAGGAGUUUGCCCGUGAAGCCGAAGAAAGAGAGCGGGCCCGCAAAGCUAAGCUCCCCAUUGAUGAGGCCGUGGUGAUUGACUAUGCCACAAAGAUUAAGCCAACCUUGGAGCUCAAGGAGCUCCCCAAGAACCUCAAGUAUGUAUACUUGGAAGGAGAGGCGGAAAAACCCGUGAUCAUAUCUGCCGAGCUUACGCACGAGCAAGAGUUGGCAUUGAUGGAGGUUUUGUGGAAAAACAAGGCAGCUUUCAGAUGGGGCCUUGCCGAUAUUAAAGGCAUUAGCCCUGCCACUUGCAUGCACAGGAUCCACCUUGAGGAAGGGGCGAGGCCCAAGAGAGAUGGCCAAAGGAGAUUGAAUCCAGUCCUCAUGGAGGUGGUUCGCAAGGAAAUCCUCAAGCUAUUGGCGGAAGGGAUCAUCUACCCGAUCGCCGAUAGUGAGUGGGUUAGUCCGGUGCACGUGGUGCCGAAGAAAGGAUGGAUCACUGUCAUCCUUAAUGAUGAUCAAGAGUUGGUGCCAACCCGCCCCGUGACGGGAUGGCGCAUGUGCAUCGACUACAGGAAAUUGAAUGCAGCCACCAAAAAGGACCACUUUCCCCUCCCCUUUAUUGAUCAAAUGCUUGAUCAUUUAGCUGGUCAUAAUUUUUAUUGUUUUCUUGAUGGACUUUCAGGGUAUUACCAAAUAGCCAUUGCACCAGAGGACCACGGGUUUUACCGGCGUUUCAUUAAGGAUUUUUCUAAGAUUAGUCAACCUUUAUGCCGUUUACUUGCCCAAGAUGUGCCUUUUGAAUUCAAUGAUUCUUGCAUGCAUGCUUUUGAGUUACUUAAGCUUAAGUUGAGCACAACUCCAAUUGUGGUUGCACCCGAUUGGGUUAUACCUUUUGAAAUCAUGUGUGAUGCCUCUAACUCCGCCGUUGGUGUGGUGCUUGGUCAACGUGUGGAUAAGAUGUUGCGUGUAAUUUACUAUGCUAGUCUCACCUUGAAUAGUGCACAAGUGAAUUACACCACCACUAAAAAAGAGUUGCUUGUUGUGGUUUUUGCUUUAGACAAGUUUCGUGCUUAUAUUAUCGGUUCUAAAGUAAUCGUCCAUAGUGAUCAUGCGGCUCUAAGAUAUUUGUUGACUAAGUCCCAGGCCAAGCCACGGCUUAUCCGUUGGAUUUUAUUGUUGCAAGAAUUUGAUGUUGAGAUUAAGGAUAGAAAGGGGAGUGAAAACUCUGUGGCCGAUCACUUGUCUAGACUUGAACAAAAUGAGGUAGAGUCAAACGAUGCCGCUAUUUAUGAGUCUUUCCCAUUUUAG